CCGAACCUCUUGAAGCCAUUCUCACUGAUGACGAACCUGAACAUGGCACAUUGGGAGCUCCGGAAGGGGACCACGACCUCCUCACUUGUGGCCAGUGUCAGAUGAACUUUCCGUUGGGGGACAUUCUUAUUUUUAUUGAGCACAAACGGAAACAAUGCAAUGGCAGUCUCUGCCUAGAGAAGGCUGUGGAUAAGCCACCUUCACCCUCACCAAGUGAGCUGAAAAAAGCAUCCAAUCCCGUGGAGGUUGGCAUCCAGGUUACGCCAGAGGAUGACGAUUGUUUAUCAACGUCAUCUAGAGGAAUUUGCCCUAAACAGGAACAUAUAGCAGGUAAAGAUGAGCCCAGCAGCUACACGUGUACGACUUGUAAACAGCCUUUCAACAGCGCCUGGUUCCUCUUGCAGCAUGCACAGAACACACACGGCUUACGGAUCUACCUAGAAAGCGAGCACGGCAGCCCCCUGACGCCACGGGUUGGUAUCCCAACAGGACUAGGUGCAGAGUGCCCUUCCCAGCCACCUCUCCACGGGAUUCACAUUGCAGACAAUAACCCUUUUAACCUGCUCAGAAUACCCGGCUCGGUCUCGAGGGAGGCGUCGGGGCUGGGAGAAGGGCGUUUCCCACCCACGCCGCCCCUCUUUAGCCCUCCCCCGAGGCACCAUUUGGAUCCGCAUCGCAUUGAGCGCCUGGGUGCGGAAGAAAUGGCUCUGGCCACCCAUCACCCUAGUGCCUUUGACAGGGUGCUGCGACUGAACCCCAUGGCGAUGGAGCCCCCCGCUAUGGAUUUCUCCCGGAGGCUGCGGGAGCUGGCCGGCAACACCUCCAGCCCACCCUUGUCCCCGAGCCGGCCCAGCCCUAUGCAAAGGUUGCUGCAGCCCUUCCAGCCCGGCAGCAAGCCCCCGUUCCUGGCCACGCCGCCCCUCCCUCCUCUGCAGUCUGCUCCUCCUCCCUCCCAGCCCCCCAUGAAGUCCAAGUCCUGCGAGUUCUGUGGGAAGACCUUCAAGUUUCAGAGCAACCUGGUGGUGCACCGCCGGAGCCACACGGGGGAGAAGCCCUACAAGUGCAACCUCUGCGACCACGCCUGCACACAGGCCAGCAAGCUGAAGCGCCACAUGAAGACCCACAUGCACAAGUCCUCCCCCAUGACGGUGAAGUCGGACGACGGGCUCUCCACCGCCAGCUCCCCUGAGCCGGGCACCAGCGACCUGGUGGGCAGCGCCAGCAGCGCCCUCAAGUCCGUGGUGGCCAAGUUCAAGAGCGAGAACGACCCCAACAUGAUCCCUGAGAACGGGGAUGAGGAAGAGGAGGAGGAGGAGGAGGAAGAGGAGGAGGAGGAGGAGGAAGAGGAGGAGGACUUGAACGAGAGCGACAGGCCGGACUAUGGCUUCGGGAUGAGCCUGGAGGCGGCCCGUCACCACGAGAACAACUCGCGGGCUGGCGAGGAGGGCCGGGCGAUGCCGGACGUCAUGCAGGGCAUGGUCUUGAGCUCCAUGCAGCACUUCAGCGAGGCCUUCCACCAGGUCCUGGGGGAGAAACACAAGCGGGGCCACCUCCCCGAGCCUGGUUCGGCGUACCCCCCCAGCUGGCGCGGUGCCCAGGGAGCCCCGGAUGUCUGGCAGUUUUCGGAUGGAAGUUCCAGAGCACUUAAAUUCUGAGAGGAGGUGAAGCUGGGGCGAGCGGCUGGUGGCGUCUGGGCGUGCGGAGGUGCCUCUGUCCUGUGGCUCAUCCAUCCCUCCAUCCAUCCCGGGAGAGCCUGAGGAGUCACCCGCCGACAGCAGCUCCCCGGGCUCCUCCUGCCUGCAAGACUAUCGUAUUUAUAUUUUGUAAUAGAGUACAACACUUCUUUGGGGCUGGGUUUCUCGGUUUUUUGGGGGUUUCUUUUUGUUCACUGGUUUUUUUUUUUCAUUUUCUAAAAACAAACAAAUGAAAAAAACCCCACCCACCAAGGUCAAGGGCUUAAUGAUGGCUCCGACUGGCUCCUUUCCCCAUGGAAAAGACUGUCUUGCUCUCGUGGACAACUCAGCCUCUUGGUUAUCCCCGCAACGUGCCAUUCCUCGGGAGGCACAUCUGAUGUGAUGAAUUAAAAAUAAAGCAAAACACAGUGUAGGUCUGUGGGUGGGUGGGAAAUUGCCAUAAUAAAUGUUGGAGCUUUAGGUUUUGUUUGCUCUGUCUUUAAUUUUUAAUGCUAACAAGGGCCAGACGGCUGGUGUGACUCUGUGUUCCCGUACCGGCUGCUGCAGAAGAGCGAGUGCUGGGUUUUCACUGGUGAUGGUGCUGCCACUGGGGGCUGCCUGGCCCUGGUGGACAGGACAGACCUUUCCCACAGAGCUAGGCCAGGAGCUGGGCUUAAGGCUGGGCACUCUGAGUGCUGCUGAGCCACCUCUGGCUUUUGGUGAUGCCGAAGGGGGGGUUUCCUUGGUGAAUUCCAGCUGUGGUGUUGCAUGGGCUCUGUGGUGUCUGCUCGAGGAGAAGCGAGGCCAGCACAGGUUUGGGAAGGGUGACGGCCAUGCUGAGAGUCAGAGCAGGGAUGCAGAGCCUGUCCUGAGCUGGGGCAGCUGCUGCUGCCAGGUUGUCCUGGUGUUUCCCAGGCUUUGUGUCCCUUGCUCGGCGCUGAGCACCACCAAGGAGUGUCCUGUUGGGGGCCCAGGCUCUGUGCUGAGCAGAAGAUGGGUUAUGUGAGAGCUUUGUGCUGGCUCUGAUGGACUGACAGGCUGUAGCUGCUGAUGCCCGUGCUGGGUGGUGGGGAUGGGCCUUAUUUGGUGAAAGGAGCAGCAAGUGGAGAGGCUGGCUGGGAUCAGCGGGAUGGAGCCGUGGGGAAAGGGCCAGAGGAUUGCUUGGCUUUGGGCAUUAACCCAGCCCCACUCCUGUUCUGUUCAUCCCUUCAUCCCUUGCUUACAUCCUGAGUGAGACCCUCACCUGGGUGACUCUGCUGGUGGAACAGCCCUAGGGAAAACGGUGUUGCCUUUCCCUGGACAGUGUUGCUCUUCUGUUUGUUGUUUAAAACCCCAGGCUGUGAUUUCCUCCUGGUGCCCUGGGCACAGCACAAACACAGACACUUGAGUACCUUAAAAUCUGCCUGGGGUGGGCAGCAGGAGCAUCUCUGAGGGGUGCCACUCUGGAAGCCUGAAGGGAUGGACACAAAGGGAGCUAUUGCUGCUUCUCCUGAGGUGAUCUGGUCCUUGAGGGCAAACUACCCAAAAAUCUACGCACAGCCUCAGCUCUUUUUUUACCAUGAGGGGACGUUUUUAAAGUUUCUUCCUAACCCAGCCUGUGCUACCACCUCUGUGUCUGCUCCUAGGGGGGUUUUGAGCCUUGCAAGGGUGAGUCCUGUUGGAUUAAGCACCUGAUUGAUUGUGAGUGCAAAAGCUGGUUGUGCUUUUGCUGCUCUGCCUAGUGGAACAAGUGAUGGGAUCUGCCUCCUCUGGCUGUGGCUUGUGUCUCCAGCAGGCAGUGUGAGGGCAAGGGCUUCUCCCAGAAAUAACAAAGUGGGGGUGGCUGAGAGUGUUCUGCCAAGCACAGAAGCGAUACCCGAAAUGCUGAAGAUGUAGUCAAACAGUCUUUAAAAUGUCUAUUUUUUAAUACAGUUGUUAAAAACUCUCCCCCAACUCUUAGGGCUUUGAAACACCUUCAGAAUUCGUGUUGCCUUAACGGGUGCCAUGUCUGUGCUGAGAGCCCCCUGUGAGCCAUGGGGCUCCUGCUCCUGCCCCUUCUCCUGCUCCAGACCCUGCUGUGGCUCCUGCAGAGCCCCAGCACAGCCUCAGCACCGCGGCAGGUGGAGAUCCCAAAGGAUUUCCACUGCCCUGGGUGACCUGGGGGGCUGUGUGUUUAAUUCAGGGUGUCAUCAGGGCCCUCCUUUUGUCUGAGCAGAGCUUGGCUGAGUCCCCUUGCUGUGUCUGGCUUGGGAUCACCAGCAGCUUAAUGAGCUUCUGCCAAUUAACAGGAGUCCAAGGUUUGCUGUGAGGGGAGGGCUGGGAAGUUGUUAGAGGGGCAAUAUUCCCAGGGAUUUUGUAUUUUGGCAUAUUCUCCAGGUGCUGGUCUGCACAUCCAAAUUGGAAAUAAGGUGUCGUUGGCCUUUAUUAAGAAAACAAAGCUCAUAAAGUUUUGGGGUUCUUAGUAAAGAAAAGAUUAAUGUUCUUCCCAGUCCUGGGGGAUGAGAUGAACAAGAUUCCUGGGAAUCACCUGGCUUAACUUUGAGGGUUUGGGUUUAAAAAGCUGCUUUCAGGCUUGGAGAUGAUGUGCCUAUGCUGUGUUUGAUUUCUAAGCACACUUUUCCUGACACUAAAAUGCAGCAAAGGUCAAGCCUUUUGUGAAGUCUAGCUUAAAUUUUGCUUUCAAAAUAAUGUAUGUUUUGGAUUCGUGGUGCAUCUGGGCUGUGGACUUUUAUGGGAUGCAAGAUCUCUCCCCAGCAGGGAUCUGAAAACAGAUUUUGUGAGUGAGUUUCCAAGCAAAACUGCCAAGCUCCUUGUGGUUUUUUCCAGAUUUGUGUUGGGUCCCACUGCGUGACUGUGUUCAAGCAGCACCGUGGUGUCGGUGGGUGACAGCACAGCUGAGAGCUCUGGGGGAAGGUGCAGGGAAGCUCCAUCCUCCUUGGGGUAUUUUAGCAUCUUUAGCCUUUCCUUUGGGUUUGCAUCUCCUUUCCUGUGUGUGUUUGAGCUGCCUGGGUGCUGGUGAGGCCUGGGGUGAGCCUUUACCUGUGGAAUUUUGGCAGUGAGGGGGGAAGGACCUACUGUGGUUUUACCUGACCCCACUGAAGAGUCUCACUGGGGAGUGAGCUGGACCCCCCAGCCCCCAAAAACAGGAGUGGUGCCUCAUUUCCUUCUGCUCUGCUUCUCCUCCCACCCAGCUCUCCCAUUCCAGGCUCCAUCAUUCCACUGUGUGCUGUACCUGCUGCAGGUCAAACAUUGCCCCUCCAUCCCAGUUCUCUCCCCCAAAAAUCAUCCUUUUAGUGUUCCUCUUCUGCAGGGGUCCCAACAAUCAGCUAUUCCCAAGGCAAGGUGGAGUUGCAGAACAGGGACAGAAUGAAACUCCCAAACCCCCAACAUGGCCCUUCCUCCUUAAUCUCCCUGGAUAGAGUUACACAUCUGGUGGAGGCUUGCUGGUUGUUGCCAUGAUUUUAUUGCAUCUUUAGCAGUGAUGAGGUUCAGAUGGCAGGACCAGGGGGCCCCGGUUCCAUUUCUCCUGCUGGCCUCCUGUAGUGAGUGUGGUGCAAUCCCUGGAACGCCGGCUCCGAGGGCGGGAGCGGGGGCAAAUCCUGGCCCUGGGCAUGGCAGCAGCUGGGUGGAGGUGCCUGUGCUGGGUGACCACCACAUUCUGCACGGAGGGGGACGAUGGGCAGGUGGUUUCUCCUGACAAAACCCAUUUGGUGCAUUCCCACCUUUGGUGCAUUCCCACCUUUCCUGUGCCCGGGGUGUGUGUGCUGCGCCGCUUCCCGAGCUCGGUCCAUCCCCAGUGGCUCUUCCCUGGCCCUUUCCAUGACCCUCUGGGCUCCCAGUGGUGAUGUACAGAAGCUCCCCCCAAUGUCUGCAUGUGUCUAAGGGCUAUUCAGGACUCCCUGGCGGGCCCCCGUGGGCGGGAUUUGUGCAUGCAAAAUGAAGGUUGUGUUUGGCUUCUCAUACUCGGGUCUAUAUUCCAUAUUGUGUUGACCAAGAAAAACACCUCAGCCCCUGUGCUGAAGAAUGUGAUGGACUGAUGGCUUUCAGAAACGUACUGUAAAUCAAGGAGGCUAAUAAAUACUUGCUAUUGAUAAAACAGG